AACAAAACCUAAACCUAACACAAUGAAUGGAAUGGAUCCCAACCCAAAAAUGGCUGCAAAUUCUCGAAUCAUUACUCUGCUUCUAUCCCUCUUCCUAGCCCUCAUUGGAACCUCCCAUGGUGGCGGCAUAGCCAUCUACUGGGGCCAAAACGGAAACGAAGGAACCCUGACCCAAACUUGCGCCACUGGAAGAUACUCCUACGUUAACAUAGCCUUCCUUAGCAUAUUUGGCAAUGGCCGAACCCCUGGACUUAACCUGGCUAGCCACUGCAACACCGCAUCCAAUGGCUGCACGGCCGUCAGCAACGGCAUCAGAAGCUGCCAAAGUCGAGGAAUCAAAGUGAUGCUCUCCAUCGGAGGUGCUAUCGGAACCUACUCUCUAUCUUCUUCUGCGGACGCAAAGAAUGUGGCAGAUUACCUCUGGAACAACUACUUGGGUGGGCAAUCAUCAUCCCGUCCUUUAGGUGAUGCUGUCUUGGAUGGUAUUGAUUUCGACAUCGAGCAGGGAUCAACUGGGUUCUAUGACGACCUUGCUCGCUACCUUUCCGCCUAUAGCAGUCGAGGAAGAAAGGUAUAUUUAACAGCAGCCCCUCAGUGCCCAUUUCCGGACAGUUUCAUGGGGACUGCCCUUAACACCGGACUCUUCGACAACGUUUGGGUUCAAUUCUACAUCAAUCCACCAUGCCAGUACAGUUCGGGUAACAUCAACAACCUCAUCAGUUCAUGGAACCGGUGGACAUCGUCAAUAAAUGCAGGGAAGAUAUUUUUGGGAUUGUCAGCUUCGCCAGAAGCGAUUGGAAGUGGGUAUAUUCCAACGAAUGUGCUGACUUCUCAAAUACUGCCGGUGAUAAAAAGGUCAGCUAAGUACGGUGGGGUUAUGCUAUGGUCCAAAUACUAUGAUGAUAAGAAUGGAUAUAGUGCCUCCAUUGUGAACAGUGUAUGAGGAAGUGGUACACUAGGUAAUCCAGUUUAGUGUAAUUUUUUUAAUAAUAACGAAGUAAAUUGAUGGCAUUCCUAGGGAUGGUUCCAUGAUUUGGGCUUAUGAUUGGUUAUCCUGGUUAGGUUUUGAAUUAAACAACAUAUGUGCUUUUAACUUCAUUUAUAUUUUUCUUUAUGGUAUUUUCUCUUUAACUUAUAUAGGAAAAUUUUGUUAGCAAGAGAGAAUAUUUGAAGAUAAUUAACCGGACUUUUGUGUGGUCCAUAAGACUUCAUCCAUUAAAUAGGCUAGGUAGGGAGUUGGGUAUUUCAUUAUCUGUAUCAAUAUACGGUCAUUUAGUAC